AGCAGUCGGGUUUCCGGUUCGGAUUAGGCAGGCUCUGUGUGUUCCGUCCGAGUAACUAAGCACAGGUGAGGUCAGGGUUAGGGCCUGGGGAGGUUAGCGGGCAGGUGUAGGUGCUCCCUGCGACUUUGUCCUCCGAACCUUCUCCGCGCAGCCGCAGACCCGCUCGGCUCGGCAUCUGCGUGUCCGGCUGACGGCGGGGAAAAUGUCGAAGGCUGAGGUGCUGAGAGCGCUGGUGAAGCAGCGGCUCAACGCGGCCGCUGAGGAGAUUUUCGCGCUGUUUGAGAAGACAAUGGAGGAGUACGAGCAGGAGAUCCGCCUGCACAGGAGCAGGCAGCCGGACGGACACGCGGCCAAGAGCCGGGGGGGCCCGCACGGGUCUCCUCUGAGUGCCACAAAGGUUACGGCGGAUAAAGGAGCUUCACAGGAGCAGAGGAGCCCCGGUCUGCACCGGGAGAGUCCAGAACCGCCACAAGUCAAAGAUGAACGUGAGCUUUGGACCAAUCAGCCGGGGGAGCGGCCCGGCGUGCACGAGGACCUCACCAUCAUUCCCGUCACCGUGAAGAUUGAAGAGGAGGUGGAAGAGAGCGCUCAGUCCCCCGACCUCCUUCACACCCACGGCGAGCUCAGCAGCCACCAGCUCGUGCCUGUAGCUGGUGGAGAGGACCGAGCAGGACCAGAAGCAGCCAGAAACCACCCGCAGCCUGUCAGGACUUCCUCUGACACAGGGGCCCCAGAGGAUGCUCCAGUGCAGAGCGGGAAACCGCCAUCAGAGGGCGCUGUGAGAGACGCGGGAAGUAACUUAGCCAAGAAACCUUACAGCUGCUCUGAGUGCGGCAAACGCUUCGGAGGCAAGAACCACCUGCAGAGCCACAUGAAGAGCCACACGGGGGAGAAAACGUGCCCGUUCUGCGGCAAGAAAAUCUCCAAGAGCUCCAACUUCACCACACACCUGCGCGUGCACACCGGCGAGAAGCCCUUCACCUGCUCCGUGUGCAACACGAGCUUCAGCCUGCGCAACACGCUCGUCAACCACAUGAGGGUGCACACGGGCGAGAAGCCGUUCAGCUGCUCCGUCUGCGCCAAGAAGUUCACCAACAAGGCCAACGUGAUCACGCACAUGGCCGUCCACUCGGAGGAGAAGCCCUUUAAAUGCAACGUGUGCGACAAAAGGUUCACUUGGCAUUCGCAGGUCAAAAAGCACAAGUGUGUCGCCGAAAGCAGCAAGACGUGAACGCCGCGAGGAUGAGAGCUCGGCGUGGCGUCGCAGCUCAGCCAGCCCGUCACUCACCCUCGCCUGGCGGUGGAAUCAAGACUUUAUUCAGACAUCAGCAGAAACUAGCGUGUUCCUGUUUUCACUGCAAGAACGACCUUGUGAUGCGGACGCUGUCGGGAAUGCUGUCCGUCCACCGGCCGCAGCAGCGUGUCCACACUCUGUGCGCUGUGUGACAUCACACGCGUGGUCACACCUGCUGCAGGUGGGAGGGAGGCAGCUUUGUAACCUCCUGGAUCCGACGUGCAGUCGUGCAUGAGUAAUUAGAGUCAUGUGUUCGUCGUGCACGUCGCGCAUCCCCGCUGCUGACCAGCUGACUGCGGUCAGGUGACAGGCUCCUGUGAGGUGAGCUUGGCUGAGCAGCUGCAGUGUUAUUGAUAAAGCUUGUGUAGGAUGGUUGGGACUGAUGUGUGAUCUCGGCUCUGUGGCUCAUCCGUGUAACUUCAGGUGACCAAUCAGUGCUCUGGAAGAGAAGGAGCACGUGGGAGGAGCCAGUAUGAAAUACAGAUCCUCAGAAACAGUUUUAUACCUGCUGCUUCCCUGUUGGUGUCAAACAGUAUAAAGCACUUUGACCUUCCUGUGGCCACGCCCCCACACACCUGAUGUUAGGAUAACUUUAACCUGAUAGGUCAAGAUAUCCUGGUCAUGAUGUAUUAUUAUUAUUAUUAUUGUGUUUAGGAGAAGGCUGGCGUCUCACAGCUGGUAUCUUCAGUGUGUCACACAGUGAAUCUUCAGAUGAUCUCGUUAGGAGGAUUAGUUAAUUGCUCGGCUGAUACUGAGAUUUACAGGAUGUCCUUUAACUGCACGUCUUCCACUUUGUGAGAUAAAUAAAUAUGCAAAUGCUGUAACACUGAGGGGGACAGGACAGGGCGGCUCAGUCACCACAUGUCAGAAAAACACAGUUUUAGCUGGACUCCUGUAGUUUACAUGAGGGCGUCCUCACUGAUGUCCACUAGAUGGCAGCACUGCCUCUUGGUUUGUUUUCCAGCUGUUCUUCAUUUUCUGACCUUUUGUUAUUUAAUAAAAAGCUGAAAUGCUGACAGA